CUCUCUACUCAUAUAGAGUAGGGCGAGUAGGGCUUGUUUGUGUGAGGUUGUGUCUCCUCAAACAUAGGUUACACAACCCACGUCAAUUCCGUGACAUAACUUAAAAAAACCAAAAAAAUUAUAAAACUAGUAAAAAUCCCAGAAAAAAAAUCGAAAAAUCUGUGAAAAUUAACGUGAAACAAGUUGACUUAAGUGCGUGUGGUCUUGAACCUACAACGUGGGCAUUCUGGAAGGACUGAAGCUAGCCAUUUUCUUGGAAGAAAGGUUUCGCAGAUUGAAAGUGUGUUGUAUUGUAAUAUUAGCUUCUGUGGUAAAAUAUAUAUAACUUCACCCAAAAAUGAAUCCAGGUGGCCCCAAUUACCCUAUGGCCUCUUUGUAUGUUGGCGAUUUGCACCAUGAUGUCACGGAGGCCAUGCUGUUUGAAAAAUUUUCAACGGCAGGGCCUGUACUUUCAAUUCGGGUUUGUAGGGACAUGAUUACCCGCAGAUCCCUGGGAUAUGCGUACGUCAACUUUCAGCAACCAGCAGAUGCCGAGCGAGCUCUGGACACCAUGAAUUUUGACAUGAUAAAAGGGCGCCCUAUUCGCAUCAUGUGGUCACAGCGUGAUCCAUCGCUUCGCAAAUCCGGUGUUGGUAACGUUUUCAUAAAAAACUUGGAUAAAAGUAUUGAUAAUAAGGCCAUGUACGACACGUUCUCAGCAUUUGGAAACAUCUUGAGUUGUAAGGUAGCUCAAGAUGAAACCGGAGCAUCAAAAGGAUACGGAUUCGUCCACUUUGAGACAGAAGAAGCUGCCACGAAAUCCAUCGAGAAAGUUAAUGGAAUGCUGUUAAAUGGAAAGAAAGUAUUUGUCGGCAAGUUUGUUCCACGCAAGGAGCGUGAGAAGGAGCUAGGAGAGAAGGCUAAGCUCUUCACAAAUGUCUACAUUAAAAACUUUGGUGAGGACUUCAAUGACGAACUGUUGCGAGAGAUGUUUGAGAAAUAUGGCCAGAUCACUAGCCACAAGGUUAUGAGCAAAGAUGAUGGGAAGUCCCGUGGUUUUGGUUUUGUUGCAUUUGAAGAACCAGAAGAUGCUGAAAGGGCCGUAGACGAGCUUAAUGGCAAAGAACUAAUUGAAGGCAAGCCUUUGUAUGUCGGCCGUGCCCAGAAGAAAGCUGAGCGCCAACAAGAGCUUAAACGCAAGUUUGAACAACUUAAGAUUGAACGACUUAACCGCUACCAAGGAGUAAACCUGUAUGUAAAGAACCUGGAUGACACUAUUGAUGAUGAACGUCUCCGUAAGGAGUUCACUCCAUAUGGAACCAUUACCAGUGCCAAGGUGAUGCUGGAGGAAGGCCGCAGCAAGGGAUUUGGCUUCGUGUGCUUCUCGUCUCCAGAGGAAGCUACAAAGGCUGUAACAGAGAUGAAUGGCCGGAUUGUUGGCACCAAGCCGCUGUAUGUUGCACUCGCUCAGCGCAAGGAAGAUCGCAAGGCACAUCUGGCUUCACAGUACAUGCAGCGGAUGGCCAACAUGCGUAUGCAACAGAUGGGAACGCAAAUGUUCCAGCCUGGUGGUGCAGGUGGCUACUUCGUACCAACAUUGCCUCAGCCUCAGAGGUUCUACGGUCCGGCACAGAUGGCUCAGAUUCGUGCAACUCCACGCUGGCCUGCUCAACCACAGGUCCGCCCAAGUGCCCAGGCCGGCGCCUCUGGUUUCCCAAAUAUGCAGGGACCGUUUCGAACGGCCCCUCGUGCUCCAGGUGCUCAACCAGGCUCCAUGCGAAAUGCACUGUCAGCAAGGCCCAUUACAGGACAGCAACCAGUGGGUGCAGCAAACAUCCAGGGUCGUCCAAUGGCGCCCACAGUGUCUGUGUCAGCGCAGGGCCGCCAAACCAACUACAAGUACACAGCAAAUAUGCGCAACCCACCACAGCCGAUACCAGUUGCUCAGCAGCCCCCUGUCCAACAGGCUGUGCACAUUCAGGGGCAGGAACCUUUGACUGCAUCAAUGUUGGCAGCUGCACCACCACAGGAGCAAAAGCAGAUGCUGGGUGAGCGUCUGUUCCCAUUGAUUCAGCGUAUGUAUCCAGACUUGGCCGGCAAGAUCACCGGUAUGCUGUUGGAGAUAGACAACUCUGAGCUUCUUCACAUGCUUGAACAUCACGAGUCCCUCAAAGCCAAGGUGGAAGAAGCUGUGGCUGUGCUUCAGGCCCACCAGGCCAAGCAGGCUGCAUCCCAUGUGAAGAAGGAAUAAAUUUACAUCUCCCCACAUUCACUGUAAAACCAGGCGGUCGUCCAACAUAAUCUCAUGGUCAAGUGUUGAUGGUGAUGACCUGAAGAUGACAAUUUAAAGGGACGACAUUCCUAUGCAGCUGAAUUCCAUUACUGCCUGGUUGUUUCAUUCCGAGGAGGUCACGUGAAUUGAGCAUGAUACGAGGACAUUUUCUCUCUCUCUCCUUUGAAUUCUUAAACUUUAAAAAGAUACAUUUUGCUUAUAAAAUGUAAAUGUAGCAUUGUGGUUUUAAUUGUUCACCAUUGGUUGGUUGAAAUAAUUCUCGACACCUACAGUUCUCUGCUACCUUGACUGUGCCGAGAGACCAUUUGUUGGGUGUUAGAAAGCUACAGAAAUACGUAUAUAAUAAGAAACAAGAAAGUGGGGUCAACUUCCAGCCCUUAGCAUAAAACGCUUGGGGAAAAAAUAUAUGUAUAAGUUGUGUAAUGUUACUUAGAGACAUUUUUACCAAUGUUACAUUAAUGGACAAACCUUUAGUACAUAAUUGAACCCUAUGGUCAAAAUUUUCACAAUAAGGGUCCGUGUUACAGGUAGAGGGAAAUAUUCUGUCAUUUUCUGUCUUAAAACAGGCAGGCAUUAAUAUAGUAACUCACAGUUUGAACAUUUGUCCUGGUUUCAAGUAAUUGACAUGGAAAACCAGAGUUCAGAAAUAACUAAUGUAUCAUGUGACGACCUAAAAUGAAUCAGUUAUAUUUGCUGAAAUUUAUAUGACGUUGCAUAAAGCAAAUAAAUUAUUGCCAGCCCAUAAAAUGCCAUGCCUUCCUCAACCUUGCAAAAGUAGUUUAAAAACUGUGGACUAAUCUGAAAACCAAUGAAAAACUAAGUAACUGGAACACAACAGACAAUAUCAUAUAUAUAUUUAUUGGGUGUUAGAAAGCUACAAAAAUAUGUAUAUAAUAAGAAACAAGAAAGUGGGAUUAAGUUAUGCUUGAGGAAAAAAAAAUUAUAUAUUUUCCCCAAGCGUAACUUAAGAUUAAAUAUUUAAACAAAAAGCCUUGGGGUGGGGUGGGGUUAUUUUGCUAUGGGCCGGAAGUUGAUCCCACUUUCUUGUUUCUUAUUAUAUACAUAUUUAUAACGUCAUAUAAAUUUCAGCAAAUAUAAUUGAUUCAUUUUAGGUCGUCACAUGAUACGUUAGUUAUUUCUGAACUCUGGUUUUCUGUGUCAAUUGCUAGAAACUAGGACAAAUGUUCAAACUGUGAGUUACUAUAUUAAUGCCUGCCUGUUUUAAGACAGAAAAUGAGAAUAUUUCCCUCUACUGUAACACAAACCCCUAUUGUGAAAAUUUUGACCGUAGGGUGCAAUUAUGUACUAAAUUUUGCCCAUUAAUGUAACAUUGGCAAAAAUGUCUCUUAAGUAACGUUACACAACAUAUUGUUUUUGAAAACCCAUACAUAAAAAGAGAAAAAUGUGGAUGUACUACCAAAAUCGAUAACAAUUGUAAAAAAAAUCUAAAAAAAUGAUUGUAUAAACAUGUUUCCUGGUCCAAAAUCUCUUCAGUAAUACUUCAAAAUUGGUAGAUGAAAAUGUAAAUCCAACUUCUGGAUAAGAUUUAAGUAUCAGAAUUACUAGUAAGUAUAAUAUGAAAUAUGUAAUUUCAGUGGAAAAUCAAGGUUAAUAAUGAUAAUAAAGUCUUUUCUUUUCAGAGUU